CCCUAGUUACUUCAGUUGCUUGUGGAGAGGAGAGUGACAAUUGUAAGAAAAGAGAACAGCAAAGAAUGGAAUUAGGAAAACGCCAACUACCCCUUUUUAGCUGUUUCUGAGUAGAAGAAGCUUCGUUGACCAUCAAUGUCUAAUAAAAAGCAGAGGAGGAUAUUGAAAUGGUGGUUUGGGUGUUUGCUGAUGUUGACAUAACAUACUGACUUUGCUUAGAGUGAUUUGCGCGGAGGAAAAAGGAAAACAACAAACAGAAUCCCCAAAAGGUCCUCUUCUCUUUCUACACUUGUUGGGUUAUCCCAUAGCCAUAUAUAUAUGGCGUCAUCAGCGACAUUACUUCAUCAUUAUUCUCCUCGCCCUUCUUUCUCUUCCAAUUCUUCUUCUUCAUCAUCAUCUUCCCCUUCUUCUUCCUCAUCUUCUUCCUCUUUUGAUCAACGACGAUGCUUUAAUUGGAAAUUUCUCUGUUUUUCUGGGAUAAACAACAUCUGUAGAAGUCAAAGCUUUAGAGCCCAUGCAAUGAGUACAACUGAAGGAAGUGUUAUGUCUCCGAAAGUCUUGAUGGAUACUGGGGAUGAACCUGAACAUCUUCUAGUCCUUGUUCAUGGCAUCUUAGCAAGCCCAAGUGACUGGACAUAUGUACAAGCAGAGUUGAGAAGGCGGUUGGGAAGAAACUUUUUAAUAUAUGCAAGUUCAUGUAAUACGUUCACUAAAACCUUCACUGGGAUUGACGGAGCUGGAAAACGACUAGCAGAUGAAGUCAGGCUGGUUGUAAAGAAGAAAGAAAGCCUGAAGAAGAUAUCCUUUUUAGCUCAUUCUCUUGGUGGAUUGAUUGCAAGAUAUGCACUUGGUGUACUUUAUUCAUCAGACAACUGUAAUGAGGAGUCCAAUGAUGCAGUCACUUCAACUACUGCAAACCUCAAACCAGUAGGCUCCUCAAAUGUAGGAUUGAUUGCUGGCCUGGAGCCAGUCAAUUUUAUCACCUUGGCAACACCACAUCUUGGUGUGAGAGGGAAAAAUCAGCUACCUUUUCUCUUUGGGUUGCCGAUCUUGGAGAAACUUGCAGCACCUAUAGCUCCUAUAUUUGUUGGUCAAACUGGCAGUCAGCUCUUCCUUACAGAUGGCAAACCUACGAAACCACCUCUUUUGCUAAGGAUGGCAUCAGACUGUGAUGAUGGAAAAUUUAUAUCAGCGCUUGGUUCUUUCAAAUGGCGUGUUCUUUAUGCUAAUGUCUCUUAUGAUCAUAUGGUCGGCUGGCGUACAUCAUCUAUAAGAAGGGUGACAGAACUUGUCAAGCCCCCUUGGCGAUCUUUGGAUGGCUACAAACAUGUAGUAGAUGUGGAGUAUUGUCCUCCAGCUUCAUGCGAAGGACCUCAUUAUCCCUUAGAGGCAGCCAAAGCAAAGGAGGCAGCCCAAAAUGCACCAAGCACACAGAGGUCAUUAGAAUAUCAUGAAAGCAUGGAAGAGGAAAUGAUACGUGGCUUGCAACAGUUGGGGUGGAAAAAAAUCGAUGUCAGCUUUCACUCAGCAUUCUGGCCCUUUUUUGCACAUAACAAUAUCCAUGUGAAGAAUGAGUUUUUUCACAAUGCUGGAGUAGGAGUAAUUGCUCAUGUCGCAGACCACAUAAAGCAACAAGAGAUGCAACCCGAAUCGACCUCCUUAAUUACCCCUAGCUUGUAACUCAUAUAGUAGAAAGCAAUCCAGCGUACAUUUAAAUGAAAUCAAAACACUAUAAUUGAUUGGAAAUGUAUAUUUCUCAGAACACUAGUGGUUUACUUGAUUAUAAGCCAGUUUUUUCGUUAAGCAUAUUCAAGAUAUAUGUAUAGUUAUAUGAUUUUUGGUGAA